AUGUCUACCGCCGAGCUUGCUGUUUCCUACGCGGCCUUGAUCCUUGCCGACGACGGCGUCGAGAUCACCGCCGACAAGCUCAACACUCUCAUCAAGACCGCCAACGUCCCUGAAGUUGAGCCUAUCUGGGCCCAGCUCUUCGCUCGCGCUCUCGAGGGCAAGGAUGUCAAGGAACUCUUGACCAACGUCGGCUCUGGCGGUGGUGCUGCCGCUGCCGCCCCCGCUGCUGGUGGUGCUGCUGCCGGUGGUGACGCCGCUGCUGAGGAGAAGAAGGAAGAGAAGGAAGAGGAGAAGGAAGAGUCCGACGAGGACAUGGGAUUCGGUCUUUUCGACUAAACGGUCUUCUCAACUGUUUCUUUACGCCAUUGAUUCGAUUCCCCCCGGUCAUUUAUCCUCCUAUUUCUCUCUACAAUUCCGCAAAACAAUUAUUCCUAUCUCAUAUCACUUCUCUCGUCCUAUGUACUCGAUAAAUCCGUUAUUCUAAUGAAAUAUGGAUGAUGGAUGAAUUAUAUUCGGGGGCAGAAAAAACAAAAUUCUUUGUCAAAUGAUGGGGAAGUCUUUUUUUCUUUUCUAUACGAGAAACAUGAUGCCCUUCUUGAUCACUAUGAACUGCAUGAUGGCGCAUAAAAAAGAUGGCAUUCUUCCCUGUUGUUUUGUCUUGUCAAAGCUUUGCUCGUUGUCAUCAUGGUGGUCAUAUUUACGGUGGUAAUGGCAAAGAUUGAAUUCCACAAAUGAAAGAACAAAAAAAUUCUGC